UCCUCUCACAUGAAUGUUUUAGGAAGAGGCCCACAUAUAUACUCUUUCAAUACAUAAAACUCUGGCGACGACAACGACCACGACGAUAACAAUUAACAAUUGAUCGAUCAUGUCGGAUUGGGGCCCGGUGUUCGUGGCGGUCAUGGUGUUCAUUUUGCUCUCGCCAGGGUUGCUGUUUCAAAUCCCCGGGAAGAGCCGGUUCGUCGAGUUCGGGAGCUUUCAAACCAGCGGUGUGUCGAUCGUCGUCCACGCAGUCAUAUACUUCGCCCUCAUCGCCAUCUUCCUCCUCGCGGUCGGCAUCCACAUGUACCUCGGCUCUUAAAUCCUUAAUUCUUAUUAUAUAAUGGGUAAUUUGUAACUUGUAAUAAUUUUUUUUUUUGUUAAUUUGUUUUUUACCAAAGUUCCUUGUUGUAUUAAUUAGCAUUGAUUGCUUUAUUACUUUGA